GAUGCGCAAACAACUUCAGCUUCACCAACGUCAACACACAGUCCAGACCAUCCAAAUAAUAAUGCCAAUAGUAGAAGAAACUUUAGCAAUUCACAAAAUAGCGAUCGAGAAGUGAAGUGUACAUUAUGUCACGAACGUCUUGAAGAUACUCAUUUCGUGCAAUGCCCUUCAGUGCUAGGACACAAAUUCUGCUUUCCAUGUUCUCGAGAAAGUAUCAAAAAGCAAGGAAAUGCUCAGGAAGUGUACUGUCCAUCGGGUGAGAAAUGCCCAUUAGCAGGAUCCCACAUGCCAUGGGCGUUUAUGCAAGGUGAAAUUGCAACAAUCCUUGGUGAUGACUUUGAACAAUUUAAGAAGGAACGUGAAGCAAACAAUUCUACUGCUUCUGCUUUGGUACAAAACAGCAACACUCAGACUGGAUCACAUCAGAAUUCUACGUCUCAGCAAAAUUCUUCACCUUCAGCUACAAAUAUCGCCUCAUCAACCGGUCAAAAUGGUGCUCCACCGGUUUCAGCAUCUCAACACGUUAAUCUAAACUAA